GUUGUUUGAGUCAAGGAUGCUGUACUAAACAUUGGUCUCCUUUGUUAGCAGUGCCCUUUGACCCUAGAACCUAUGUUUGGGGGAUGCCAAAGAAUGGGAAAUUUACGAGUCUGAGGAAGAAGGGCUGGAAGUAUUUAAGGACCUCACCGUCCCAUUGGUCUGAAGGAGUCCCUGCUUCUAUAAAGAGGUCCCUGACUUUAUGCUGAGCUGUCAAAGGCCCUGCUAUAAAAUCCCAUUGAUUUGUCCUUUUGUGUGGCCGGCCAGUCUUUUGCCAACCCUUCAUCCGAGUGUUUCCAGCCCUGCACUUCAUCUCAUAGGCUGUGACAACCAAAAUCAGCCAAGAUGUCUGAUUGCAAAAAGAUGACCUCAACCCGCAGGCAUCAUCUGAAGAGCCUGCUGCUCCAGAUUGCUCAAGGCCUACUGGAGGCAGAGAGCCAGCAGUUGGUUGAGGCAAAGGAGGAAUACAUGGCCCAAAACUGCCCUUCCCUGAGUCUGCCAGGAUCCAUGGAGGAGCUCCAGCUGCUGGUCAAAAAGAUGCACCAGACCAUUGAGAAGAUUGAUGAGGAGAGGUAUGACACAGAGGCCAAGGUUACCAAGACCGACAAGGAGAUUGAUGAGCUGAAGCUUAAAGUGAUUGACCUGAAGGGCAAGUUCAAGAAGCCAGCUCUGAAGAAAGUACGUAUGUCUGCCGAUCAGAUGCUUCAGGCUCUGCUGGGCUCCAAGCACAAGGUUAACAUGGACCUGAGAGCCAACCUGAAGCAAGUCAAAAAAGAGGUCAAAGAUGAGUCUGGAGAUGGUGUGGGUGACUGGCGUAAGAACAUUGAGGACAAGAAGGACAGGAAGAAGAUGUUUGAGGGCGCUGAGGCAUAAAUUUGAGAGAUUUUGGUCUCUUCAAGAGCACUGAUGACAUGGCAUUGACAGAAGAAGGAUGAUGUUUAAAGGAAUUUAACUUUGGAGCUUCCUUGAUAUGCUCCUAAUUAUUAGGGCUAUUUUUUACUGUAAUCCAAUCUACCUUCCAACAAUCCACGUGUCUUUUUCCAUUCUGUUUCAUAGGCUAGAUAGAGCACACGACCCAUUAAUGUACAGAGUGUGUUAUCUAUUUUAUUCAGUUUUUCAGAGCUGUUGAUUUAAUGCUGUACAAUAUAGUGCAUUUGUCCAA